AUGUCGCUGACAUUGAAGCUUUCCUCCUUGGCUAUUCGGACAUUGUCCAAACCUAUUGCUUCGCAAAUCAAAGCCCAAGCCCGCGAACAUGAACGAUUUCGCAAUAUCUGCGUCUCUAUGGCGCAAGCUCUCCACCGAUUCGACAUGCGUCUCCGGUUAGGAUCGAUCCGUGACUCUGCAGCCUCCCAGAGAAGGGCUGCCGCCGAAGCUGAAGCCCGAAAGCACAAACCCUCAAUGCCCACUGUCAAGAAUGCCUCCGAAACCAAAGCCGCGGAGGAAGCUGAGGCCAAGGCCAAGGCUGCGGCAGAAGAAGCGGCCAAACCACAACACUACCGUAUCCGACCCUUGUCCGAAUCCAAAGCCAUUGAGUCCGGCGCCAACUUCAUCUCCGAAUCAUUCCUCUUCCUUGUCGCCGGAGGUCUGAUCCUGUUUGAGUCCUGGCGCUCUCGUAAUAAAGAAAGUACUCGAAGAGAGGGUGUGGAAGGUCGACUGGCCGAGCUGGAACAAUCCGAGCAAGCUGCGCGUGGGGCACUGGUGGCACUGGAGAAAGAGCUUCUUCAGCUCCGAGCGAAGCAUGGUGACAUGCCUAAGAUGAGCUCGCAGAGGAUCCUGGCCCCAGAGAUCUACGAGCAAGCCCCUGAAGUGGACGAGCCGGCUGUCGCGCAAGGCUGGCUGUCGCGUGUCUCCUCUUAUUUUACCUUUGCGCAAAGUUCUGAGAAGACACCCGAGCCCGCGUCUGAUGUUCAGCCUACAGCCGACAAGGCUGUGUCAACAACUCAAUCUUCAGAUGCGUCUGCUGCCCCAACGGCUCAGGGCACAUCGUCUGCAUCUAAGAGUCAGUAA